UUGAAAAGUCAGAGAAGUGCCAUGUGGACAAGUUAACACACUCUGACACGCUAAACUGAAACAUUUUGUAACAACUGCAGCCGACAAUGAGUCUUUUACCUCGCACUGCCGAGGAGUUCAGCUCGGCAGAGUACUGGGAGAGGUUUUUUAAAAAGCGCGGGGAGAAGGCUUUUGAGUGGUAUGGAGACUACAACAAACUCUGCGGCGUGCUGCAUAAAUACAUCAAAGUCCAAGAUAAGGUGUUGGUGGUGGGUUGUGGUAACUCUGAGCUGAGUGAACAGAUGUAUGAUGUUGGCUACAAACAUCUAACUAAUAUUGACAUCAGUGAGACUGUGGUGACUCACAUGAACCAGAGGAACGCUGAGCGCCGGCCAGGCCUGACCUUCCAGCAGGUGGAUGCUACACAAACUCCAUAUGAGGAGGCCAGCUUCAAGGCUGCUCUGGACAAGGGCACGCUGGAUGCCAUGGCAUCAGAAGAAGAAGGAGCACUGGCCAGAAACAUGCUAACUGAGGUGGGCCGUGUCCUAAGUGUCGGUGGCCGGUAUGUCUGCGUGACGCUGGCUCAGGAGAGUGUGAUCAAGUUAGCUGUGGAGCUCUUUGUUGAGCUGGGGUGGGCUGUUAGGCUCCACUGCCUGCAGGAAGAAACCGGGAAAGAAGAAGACUCCUUUGCUCUGCCUGUAUUUGUUCUGGUCUGCACCAAGUUUCGCCAGCCGAUGCCCACGCCCAUUCUGGAGAUGUGUCUCGGGGAAGAUGGAGCCCCUACUCGUCUCACAAAGGUAGCAGAGUUGUUGUCGACUGUGAGGGAGCAUCAGGCUUACUCUGUCCUGAAAAAGAGGCUCCGUACAAGCACAGACGCCACCUCCAACCUCUCGCUCACUCUCUGCCACGCCAACACUGGCCUCCCCAGAUACACUCUCACAGUACAGGACUGUCCUCCAGGUGCCAAGGUGCCAAGAUCAAACCAGUUUGCCAUUUUUAUAGUUCCUCAAGGCAGUGAGACUGCUUGGCUCUACAGCUCCAGUGAGGGGCGAAGGCAGCUGGCAGCCAGCGCUAACUUCCGGCGCCUUGUCGUUGUGGCAAUGCACAGGAAUCAGGAGUACACAGACAUGCAGGGUGUCCAGUCAGAACUGUCACCAAUGGUGAUGGACCUGGCUCCCCCGGGUAUGCCAGCCAACCAGCAGGUGCCGUUUUUAUCAGUUGGAGGUGACCUGGGUUGGCGAGAGGAGGUCAGCAGGGGUGUGAGUGAGCUGAGCGGGGAGUACUGUGUGGAGAACGUCAAAGGAGAAGAUGGAGAACUUUAUCGGAGACUCGUUUUCCUGUCCAAUGCUGCCCUCGUCCAAUCAGAGAGCCGUCUAGUCGCUUUAAAUACUGCGUCAGGUCACAAGAAGAAAAACAAAAAGAAGGUCAAGCCGACAGCUGCUCCAGCAACAUCCUCCACCUCUCUGUCAGUGGACAGUGGCUUCCUCUGCUGCGCUCACCAUGAAGUUAUGGUGGCGGGCCUUACCAUGCUGGGAGUGGGCACGCCACAGAACAAAGACGUCCCAGUGUCAGUGCUGCUGGUGGGGCUUGGUGGAGGAGGCCUGCCUCAGUUCCUACGGGACUUUGUGCCCAAUGUUUUUGUUGAGGUUGUAGAGCUAGACCCUGUCGUGAUGCAAGUGGCAAAGGAAUGGUUCGGGUUCAGACCAGAUGAUCGUUUGACUGUCACUGUUGGGGACGGCCUCAAACGCAUCUGUGCCUUAGAGAAAGAAGGAGGUCAGUUGUUUGAUGUCAUCAUGUUCGAUGUGGACAAUAAAGAUAGUUCUGUGGGCAUGAGCUGUCCACCUGCUGCCUUUGUAGAGUCCCCCAUCCUGCAGAAAGUCUGCAGCCUGCUAACACCCAGAGGUGUAUUCCUACUGAACCUUGUGUGUCGUGACUCCGUCUUGAGGAAAAGUGUGUUGGAGCGUGUGAGCGCCGUGUUUCCCACCAUCCUCUCUAGAAAGAUUGAAGGAGAGGUCAACGAGGUCCUUCUGUGCUCCCGGGGAGAAAAAGAGACAACGGACCCCGCUCGCAUCCUUCCAUCUCUGAGCGAAGCAGGCAAAAGUCUACAAAGCGCACUGAGCUCUAACAGGACUGGAAGCAACAGCAGCCCACAUAUAGACAUUGCAGAGUUGUUAAAAGAUCUAAAAGUAGCGUAAACUUUGUUUGAGACCAGAGGAGAUGGGAUUUAAUCAUGUGUCAAGACCGUUUGAGAAAAUAUGGUGAAGAUACUGAAAUAUAACAGUGUUUUGACAUUGCCAAUCAGUGCAAUUUAAUAAAAAGUAUUAUGUAUAACAUAAUGUUAUAAGGACAUUUUCUCUUUAAGGGACAGUUUGCCUUGAAAUCAAAAAUACAUAUUUUUAUUAUAUAUUUUUUAUUUUAAGUAGUUUCCUUGGGCAAAAUAAAAAAAAAGCUCUAAAUACUUCUAUUAUAGUGGAUAUGUAUACAUUUAUUAUUAUUUAUGGUGGUAAUAGAUGCAUUUUUGCUUUUUAAAGUUGUUUCUGGAUUGUUUUUAAGGAACGGGAAUUUUUUUGGAGAAGUUUUAUAUUAUCAUGUGUGCACAUGUCCCGGGACAGCUGAUGAUCAAUCUAUAUUUUUUUUUUUGUGUGUAAGCUGCCAGGUGUUGGAGAUAUCGGCCAUAGAGCCACCUGCCUUCUCAAAAAGUUUUACUUGUACUUCCUUCAUUAAACUGCACACCACAAUGUCUGGGAAUUAUUGAUGCAUGAUUCCUUGAAAGAGACAUUGUUGGGGUUUUUUGCACUUUGAGCACCAAAAACCUAGUGCCAUAUAGUUUCAUUAUAUUCAAGGGGGGGAAAAAGGAAGACGAAGACGGCCGAUAUCUUUAACACUGCAAUUAACUCCAAGGCUAUAUAGAUUAAUAAAUAGCACUACAGGUAUGAGAUAUAAAUUUUUGAUUUUGGGGUGAACUGUCCCUUUAAUGUGCUGCCUCUCCAAAAUCCUGUUGGAUAG